CUUAGUGAUUUAUAUUUCUUUUCUUUUCUUUUAAAGGUAAAACCAGUGAUUCACAGCAGGAUCAAUGUGUCAGCUCGCUUUAGGAAACCACUUCGAGAACCUUGCACGAUCUUCUUGAUUGCAAAUGGAGACCUCAUAAGCCCAGCUUCUCGCCUCCUCAUCCCUAGAAAAGCCUUGAGUCAGUGGGAUCACGUACUACAGAUGGUCACGGAAAAAAUAACUCUGAGGAGUGGGGCUGUCCAUAGACUUUAUACUUUAGAAGGAAAACUUGUUGAGAGUGGGGCAGAGCUGGAGAAUGGGCAGUUUUAUGUGGCUGUUGGCAGAGACAAAUUUAAGAAAUUGCCUUAUGGUGAAUUACUUUUUGACAAGUCAACAAUGAGAAGGCCUUUUGGCCAAAAAGCUUCUUCACUACCUCCUAUUGUAGGAUCCAGAAAGUCUAAAGGAAGUGGAAAUGAUCGCCAAUCUAAGUCAACGAUUGGAUCCAGUGACAACUCAUCUCCUCAGCCCCCCAAGAGGAAAGGGAAGAAAGAAGAGGCGAAUUCAGAAAAACCCACAAAAGUGAAACACAAUGUAAAGUUAAAGAAUUCACAACAAACAAUUCCAAAUAGUG